UGUCAUUGAACUCACAAACAUUGAUUGAGUUAUCAUUGAAACGGAACAGAUUUUUCUCAAAGUUUUUUUUUCUGGUUCUGUGGUUUUCUUAGUCCAUAAUUUUGCUGUUUGAGAAAAUUUCGCCAAAAAUGAGCUCAACAUCAAUUAAAAUUACGGGUGCUAGUAGUGGUGCUGCUGGUGGUGGUAGUCAAUUACAAUCUUCAUCAACAUCAUCGACAACUCCAGCAACAACGACGGCCAAAAAAUCGACUAAAUUGGGACGUCGUUCUGGUAACAAAGAUUCGGCAUCAACAAAAUCAUCUUCAACGAUAAUCAAUGAAGAUGAAUUACUUGCAAAAGAUUUUAUAACACCAGAUGAUGUUUGUAAUCUACCAUCAAUAACCAGACAAUAUCUUUGUAAUACUGAAGCAAAUAUUUAUGAUAUUGAAUUUACACGAUUUAAAAUUCGUGAUAUGGAAUCGGGUAAUAUUUUGUUUGAAAUUGUUAAAUCAUCAACUACCAACAACAACAACAACAACAAUAAACAGCAAUCAUCCAAUCAGAAUGGACAACAACAAAAUUCUUCUUCAAAACUAUCAAAUAUUGGACGUUUUGUACGUUAUAAUUUUACACCAGAUUUUUUGGAAUUAAAAACAGUUGGCGCUAGGUAUAGUAUCGAAUUCAAAGUUGGAUCAAAACCGAUAGAAAAUUUUCGUAUGAUCGAACGGCAUUUUUUCCAGGAUACAUUGCUCAAAACAUUUGAUUUUAAUUUUGGUUUCUGUAUACCGAAUAGUAUUAAUACUUGUGAACAUAUUUAUGAAUUUCCAUCUAUCACUCCUGAGCUAUGCCAAGAAAUGAUCAAUAAUCCAUAUGAAACAAAAUCGGAUAGUUUUUAUUUUGUUGACAAUCAUUUAAUAAUGCAUAAUAAAGCUGAUUAUUCAUAUAAUAAUGGAUUGUGUUGAUUGGAAUGGAAUGGAAUUGUGGCAACAACAACAAAAAAAAAAAUAACAAAUCAUUUGGAUCGAUUUUCUUUUCUCACUGAAUUUUCGCGAUAUUGACAAAUAAAACUUCCGUUUUCUUUUUUCCUAUAUCGACCUUAUUUUCAUUUCAACGAUUGAUCGAUUUUUAAUCGAAUCAAUCGAUCCAAAAUUUUCGAUUCGAUCAAAAAAAACAACAACCAAA